UCUACAGAGGAUAGCAGCAAGGCUUGUUUUGCCACUCUAUGGCCAGCCGGCAGCCAGGUUGACAGUUUGUGAGAGCGGCCUAAAAACUAAACAAGAAGAACACGAACACAACAACCAAAUGCAAUCUUGAGGUAAGGGAACACCAACCGAAUCUUCAAAACAUGUACCAUGAAAGGUUGAAGCAACCACGAAGUUGCAUGAUGGACGAACAAGACAUCAAUUAUGACAAAUGGUGAUGGGGCAACAAUUCAUCUGAAAAUUCGAAUCACGUCAAAAAGUUCAAAUUACAACUAAAAACACUCCAUUAUUUGUUAACCAUCAUUUAAUUCGUCAUAUGAGCACACAAUACUUUAUUGUUUAAUUAUCAUCAAUCAAACCAAUUCAAACUCUGCAAAUUUUACAGGUUUGAAGUAUUGUAACCUUUUAACGGUACAUAUGUACGCUCUUUGUCAUCUAGAAAUAGAAUUACUUGUACACAACUACACAUAAGUAGCAAUGUUUUGAACCGCUAGAAAUUCCAGCUUAAAAAGGUUAAUCAUAGCUAGACAACACCAAUGGUACCAAGAGAGAUGAUUUCAGCAGUUUUGGCACACUCUACUCUUUGUUUCCAAUUCCGAGCUUUUUAACUUCGACUCCUACUCUUCUUUCUGAACUCUGUUCUCCCUUCUCUCACCCCAAUUCAAACUCAGACUCUUCUCCACCUGUACACUAUGUUUGGCAACAAGGGGGUGCAAGUUCGAGGGGGUACAAGUUGAGGGGUAAAUUGUUGGGGGGUGCAACUUGGUGGAGGGUGUAAGUGGAGGGGUAAAUUGUUGUUUGGAUGAAAAAGUAGGGGGGUGCAAAUAGAGUAAAAAGUAAGUAAUUAUAUUAUUAUAAAAUAGAUUUAUCAAUUUAUAAAAUAUUAUCACAAACAUGAAAAUUCAAUAUAUAAUAAUAAAAAUAAUAAAUAAAAAUAAUUUUAAUAAAAAUAAUUAUUAUAUAAUAAUGCUCAAAUAUAAUUAUUUAUAACAACAAUAAUAAUCAUUGGUCGAGCAACCUCGAAACUCGAAAUCCAACUCGUAACUGGUCAUCCUAAGGGGGUUCUCGUGCCUAACUUUAAAUUGAAUAUGGUCAAACUUAGUCAAACACGUUCGAAUCUGUAAGUUUUAACUACUUAUUAAAGUAAAUCGAGUUAACUAAACUGUUCCUCUCUAUCUUUUCAACAAAUGCUUCUUAUCUCUAAUUUUCAAUGCAAAUUCGGGUCAACUAAGAGAUAUCGAUUUGACGAGGCGAACAUUGACAAACUUGCUCUCUGAGUCAAACGGUCAACCCCAAACAACUUCUACACUAAUAUAGAUAUAAGAAAAAUUAAUAAUAUUAAUUAUUAUGUAAUUAUAGUCUAAUUAAAAAUUCAUAAUUCCCCUCCUCCCCCUUCCCCCUCCCUUCCUUCCUUCCCUUGCACCCCAAUUUGGGGGGUAAGCCGAAACAGUGAAUUUACGCUCACGUUUUGCACCCCCCUACUGUUACAAAAUAACCAAACGGGGGUAAACACCUUGGAACUUGUGUUUACCCCUCUAAACUUGCACCCCUUCCAUUUACACCCCUUCCCAAACAUAGUGGUAAUCAUGGCCGAUACGAGACAUCAUCAUGUGUUGCUUUUCCCAUUCAUGUCGAAAGGCCACACCAUCCCAAUCCUUCACCUAGCUCACCUCCUCCUCCGCCGUCAACUCUCCGUCACCGUCGUCACCACUUCGUCGAAUCUCCCCUUCAUCGCUCAAUCUCUUCCUAACACCGCCGCAUCGAUCCUCCAAAUCCCGUUCCCUUCCCAAUUGGACGGAAUCCCAGCUGGGAUUGAGAGCACUGAUAAGCUCCCAUCCAUGUCCCUCUUCCCCCAAUUCGCCCUGGCCACAAAGCUAAUGCAGCCAGACUUCGAGCGCCUGGUUGACAAUCUCCCCCAGCCAGUUGACUUCAUGGUGUCGGAUUCCUUCCUAUGGUGGACUUUGGAGUCUGCGAACAAGUAUGGAUUCCCGAGGUUAGUGUUCAGUGGUAUGUGUAACUACGCCGUAUGUGUGUUCAGAGCUGUGAACCAGAGUAGGGUUCUUUUGGGGAAUGAAUCGGAUGAUGAAUUGAUCACUGUUCCUCGGUUUCCAUGGAUUAAGUUGACCAAAAACGACUUCCAAAGGGAUGCUGGGGAUUCGGAGCUUGUAGUCAAGUCGAUAACGGCAUCCAAAGCCAGUUAUGGGUAUGUUAUCAACAGCUUCUAUGAGCUUGAACCGGUCUUUGUGGAUUCCUUUAACAACGUCAUCACCAAUGGACCUAAGGCUUGGUGUGUUGGUCCACUCUGCCUAGCCAAGCCACCAACACCGGUUAUGCAAGCAAUUCGUCAGAAACCCAAUUGGAUUCAGUGGCUGGAUGAGAAGUAUGAGCAGAAAAGAUCAGUUCUUUUCGUUGCAUUUGGUUCACAAGCUAGGGUUUCAGCUGAGCAGCUGAAGGAGAUAUCAGUUGGGCUAGAGAAGUCCAAUGUGAGCUUCCUUUGGGUUACAAAGGAGAAAGAAUCAGAAUUGGGAGAUGGGUUUGAAGAGAGGAAUCGUGGUAGGGGGUUUGUGGUGAGAGAGUGGGUGGAUCAAAUGGAGAUACUGAACCAUCCUAGUGUGGGAGGGUUUCUAAGCCACUGCGGGUGGAAUUCGGUGCUGGAGAGUGUGUCAGCAGGAGUUCCCAUUCUAGCAUGGCCAAUGAUGGCCGAGCAGCAUCUGAAUGCGAGAAUGGUGGUGGAAGAGCUGAAAAUUGGAGUAAGGGUGGAGUCAAGCAAUGGGUCGGUGAGAGGGUUUGUGAAAUGGGAAGGGUUGGAGAAGAAUGUGAGGGAGUUGAUGGAAGGGGAAAGAGGGGAAGAAGUGAAGAUGAAGGUCAAGGAUUUUAGCAGGAAGGCAAGGGAAGCUAUGGAGGUAGAGAGAGGAUCGUCCUGGCGCAAACUAGACUUGCUCAUCAAAGAAAUAUGCAGCAAAGAGACAUAGAGGUGAAGAUUCUUAUUACUCGUAUACAUGCUAUGGUCAUAUAUUCUCAUCUGGCAACCUGAGUAAUAAUGUCAAUGGUACAUUGUACUGGACACUGAUAAUUCUUGUGUAGCUUCUUCACUGUAAUGAGCUGGGUUGCAUUGGUUUCUCCCUAAUUAUCUGUCUGAGUGUGAUGGCCAUGGCCCAUUGUUGACUUUUUGUUGUCCAGAGGAAUAAUCGAUCGGCAUAUACAUAUACAUGAAUCAUUCUUAAAUUUCCAAUGGUCAAAGCACCAAAAUGAUAGCUUAACAUGAGCUCAGCAUUUAUCAAUCAUAGACAUAAGCAUUUGCAAUAUCAUUAAUUUCUUUUAAAGCUCCAUACACUAGAUGGCACCAUUGCUGAACUUCAAUUUUAUUUCCUGUAGGAUCCCUGCAAAGAAACAAAAAGGUCAUGAGGAAAGAGCCAGAAAGACAGCCUAUGCGGUACUGCUCGUGGGUCUUUGGGAAUUGUUGAUACCAAGGUUUCCAGGCUUGUUAACGACAAACCUUUUCACGUAUUUACAAACAGCAAGAAGCGAUCUUCCCAUUGUCAAUCAUGCACUAUGCUGUUCCUCUCCUUUUCAACCCUCAAAACGCCGAAUCACGGAAUAUUGUUUAUACCCCAUACACAGAUUCAUAAGAAUCCAAGAAGAAUCUAUUGAUUUUGGCCUCAACCAUACCCGAGUCCGAAACCCAAUCAUUCCUCUCUUUAAUGUUCUGCUUCUUGUCUGUUCUUCAAAAGUUGCGG